AUGACGCCCUCGCAGAGAGCCCGGCAUGGAUGCGAGGCGGCGCGUAACGCCAAGUGGAGAGCGGCAGCGCCUCCUAAUAUCCCCUUGUUGAAGCGUCCUGGUGGGAUACCCCAGCAAUGGCCCAUUCAACCCCACCCUGCGGGACAGGUCCAUCGGUCCAACUUCCUACCUUCUCCUCCUCCUCCUCCUCACCUGCCUCUUUUCCACACCCGUCAUGCAGAGGAUAGCGCCGAGCGGCCCCAUCUGGUCACCAUUGUCCGCCCCUGUGUUCAGAGUACACUGCGGAAGGUAACAGUGCUGCUGAACCGCAGGGGUGUGGUGUCCUUCGAGCAACUGCUAUUGGAUAUCUCAGAGGCGUUGGGGUUCCCUCGCUGGCACAGAGCCAGAGUAACCCGCCUGUACACGACCCACGCACGAGAGGUGAAAGGUGUGUGUGACUUCUUCCGUGGUGAGGUGGCCUUCCUGGCGCUGGGUAGGGCUCGUCCGGAGCUGAGCAGUGUGCAGGAUGCUCUGGAGGAGCUGUUCCCAGAGCAUUCCCAUUAUCGGGCGGACGCACUGCGGGCCUGGGAGAAGAGACUUAAUCCAGCACCAGACAAAGCUGCCAAGGCUGACAGUGGCUACAACGUGGGUCCAGCACAGAAAGAAUUACCGCAGAGGACAACCAUUGACCUUCCUUCAGACGGCACUGAUGUCACCCUGUCAGAUAUCGAGCGUUGCUAUGAAAUAGGACGUGUGGUUGGAGAUGGGAACUUCGCUGUGGUGCGAGAGUGCCGCCGUCGUGACAGCAGACAAACCCUUGCCGUGAAGAUAGUCGAGCGCUCCAAGCUGAUUGGUCGAGAGCACAUGAUGCAGAAUGAGCUGAGCCUUCUGGGUAGCCUGUGUCACCCUCGCAUAGUGCGGCUGUUCGCACACCACCACACACACGCUCACUCCUAUCUGGUGAUGGAGCUGGUGAGCGGGGGGGAUCUGUUCGAGGCCAUCAGUGAGAGGGGGAAGUUUUCAGAGGCAGAGGCAGGACUGAUGGUGUCAGACAUGAGCGAGGCACUAAAUUACAUCCACGGCAAGAGCAUCGUCCACCGAGACCUCAAACCAGAGAACCUACUGGUGGAGUAUGAGGCAGCUGGCAUCUGCAGGCUGAAGCUGGGAGACUUUGGUCUUGCCAUGGUUGUGACUGAACCAGUCUCAACCAUAUGUGGCACACCCACAUAUGUAGCCCCAGAGAUUCUCUGUGAGACAGGUUAUGGUGUAGCAGUGGAUGUAUGGGCUCUGGGUGUUAUUCUUUACAUCCUGCUGUGUGGUUUCCCCCCAUUUCGCAGUCGAGAUCGCGACCAGGAAGAGUUGUUCCAGCUAAUAAAACAGGGAAAAUUCCACUUCCUGUCCCCCUACUGGGACCCCAUCUCAGAGGAAGCCAGAGGCCUUGUCAGAGCUCUGAUUCAGCCAGAUCCCACAGUGAGGCUGACGGCAGAGCAGACCCUGCUGCAUCCCUGGGUGAAGGCUAUGGCUUCAGUUUGCAGGCAGGCGCCGCUCAAAGACAAAACUCAAAGGAACACAGCAGACACUGGAGCAGAACCAGAGAGAGCUCAGAGACCAGCUAAGACCAAUGCAGCAGAAACAAAGAGAGACAAAAGACCAGGACACACCAGCAGAAGGGAGAGAUCACACACGAUGAACUCUGCAGAACUGAUGAGAGACAAACUGAGAUGA